AUGGGAGCAUGUGGUGGUAAAUCAGGAGGAGAUAAGCAACAGGCGAUGUCGAAAGAACAGAAACAAUUGGCUGUAAAUAAAUUCGAGGUUGGCCCCAACAUCUUUGUCAAUUUAAAGUAGGGUGAUAUAACUGAUACUUAUAUCAUUAACAAAAUAUUAGGAGAAGGUUCGUACGGAUAGGUGAGACUGGUUUAACAUAAGAAGACUGGCUAAUAAAGAGCAAUGAAGCAAAUAUAAAAAAAAAAAAUUCUCAAGGAACAAGAAGACGCUAUGUUUAGUGAAGUGGCCUUACUAAAAGAUAUGGAUCAUUAGAACAUCGUCAAAUUAUUCGAAUUGUAUCAGGAUAGUCAAAAUUACUAUUUGGUUACCGAAUACUUGAAUGGAGGGGAAUUGCUAGAUAAAUUAACAAAGUUGUCAACCUUUAACGAGAGAACAGCAGCAGAUUACAUGAAAUAAGUAUUAUCAGCCCUCUCUUAUUGUCAUGCAUAAAAUAUUAUUCAUAGGGAUAUGAAACCAUCAAAUAUCAUGUUAGCAUCUCCAGAUCCCAAAUCUCCUAUAAAAGUCAUUGAUUUUGGUACUGCCAAAAAAUAAUUAAGUGGAGAAUCUUAGACUUAAGUUAUAGGAACACCGUUGUACAUAGCCCCUGAAGUCAUCGACAAAAAUUAUACUGAAAAAUGUGAUAUAUGGUCAUGUGGAGUAAUUUUGUAUUAAAUACUAACUGGUAAAUUCCCAUUCGACGUCAAGGUCUAAAGUUUACAGCAAUUGUUCAACAAUAUCAAAUCAGGAAAAUAUAAUUUUAAUUCUAAAGAGUUUACUAGUUUAUCUUUUGAGGCUCAAAAUUUAAUCAAAUCUAUGCUUUAAUUGGAUCCCAAGAAGAGACCAUCAGCAAGUGAGAUUUUGAAUGAUCCUUGGAUCAAAGAAAAAGCAAAAGAGGAUAAGAUAAGUUUGGAUGUAAUGAACGAUUUAGGCAAAUUUCAUAAUGAAAGUAAUAUGAGAGCAGCCAUUUUAUAAUUGAUUGCUGGUGAAAUGAUGACAAAUGAAGAAAAAGACUAAUUAAACUAAACCUUUUAGAGUAUGGAUAAAAACAAGGACGGAUAACUGUCGAAAGAAGAAUUAGUCUAAGCUUACAGUCAGGUUUUUAAUGAUGAAUUAAAGGCUAAGCAUUUAGUCGAGGAUAUUUUUACAUAAAUUGAUUAAAAUAAUUCAGGAAAAAUAAGUUACACAGAAUUUCUGGUUGCAUCAUCUAAAUAAAAUACGAUUUUAUCAAAAACUAAAAUAGAUUAAGCCUUUAAAAUGUUUGAUAAGGAUGGUAAUGGUUAAAUUACUAAGCAAGAAUUAUAAGAUAUCAUGUGUGGCGUUGAUAUUGAUAAUGCCUAAUGGGGACAAAUCAUAGCUUAAUGUGAUAAAAAUGGAGAUGGAAUCAUCUAAUAUGAUGAAUUUGCGAAUAUGUUAUUAUAAACUGCCAAAAAAUGAUUUAUUUUACAUAAUAUUUGCAUAUUUGAUAUUUGUAUUUAUCAUGUAUU